AUUAAAAAAUUGAAGUGUCAGAUUUUGGCCGUCAACUGGAGGUUUUCAUUUUCAAUGGAUUUUUUCUAAACAAAAAAAAACGCAAUAACAGCGUGUUAAUCGCAUAAAUAAUUUCGAUAAUGUUCUGAACACAUAAAACUGUUAUUAUGUGAAGCAAAGUGAGAGUAUCACUCAUAAAUUUUGGACGAUGGAUAGUGGAGACAGGAUUUUGGUGGCCGCGGGGCUCACCGCCGCUGUAGUUGUCGGAGCCUUCGUUCUGUGGGGUCCUGGUGGGGCUCCGAAGGUGCGCAAAAGACGCGGACAGAUUGCUGGCCUACAGAACCUGGGAAGGACUUGUUUUCUCAAUACAUUGCUGCAGGCACUCGCCGCCUGUCCCACUUUCAUUGAAUGGCUCAAAAAGUAUGCAAAGGCUGAUGGCCACAACAGUAUGAUCACUACAUUGUAUACAGUCAUUGAAGUUGUAAAUGGCACACAUGAGUCUGCCCGUGGCACCCCCGUGUGUCCGCUGGGAGUACUGCAGGCGCUGCGUGCGGCCGGGUGGGUGGUGCCCGCUGAUCAGCAAGAUGCCCAUGAACUGCUGCAUGUGUUACUGUCCUGCAUCGAGGAAGAGACCAAUAGCAUGUCUAAAAAGCCGGGCUGCCUGUCCGACGCGCUGGGUCUGGGCGGGAGUCGCGCGUGGUCCGCGCUGGCGUCCCCCGCGUCCCCGCCCGCCGCGCCGCACCCGCUGCGCGCUGACUCCACGCCGCCCACUCCGUCCGCGCUCUCCAUAAGGCCUGCCUCGGCAGCACCUGCUGAUGAACCAGACCUUAUUGAGCCAGAGCCAAUGAUGGAGCCCCCGCGCCUGACGAAGGGUGUGUCUCGUUCGCUGUGCCACCUGAGCUCGGUGGGGCGGCGCUGGGUGACGCCGGCGGUGGCGCGGCCCCCCCCCGCGCCCCCCUUCCGCGGCACCCUCGCCUCGCGCCUGCAGUGCACUGUCUGCUCCCACAAGAGUCCAAUCCGGUACGACAAGUUUGACAGCAUCUCGUUGUCCAUGGCCAACGCAAGUAUUAGUGUGAACGGGGCAUACAGUCUGGCGGGCCUGCUCCGUGCCUUCACUGCGCCGGAGAUGGUGAAGGGCGUGCGCUGCAGCAAGUGUUGCCCGGACCCCGCCCCCCUCGCCGCCCCCGCCCCCGCCGCCCCCGCCCCCGCGCCCGCCUCGGCAUACACCAAGCACAUACGGACUGUUAGCUUCGGGAAGCUACCAUACUGCCUGUGCCUGCACAUCGGUCGCGUGGAGUGGCUGGGCGGAGCGCUGAACAAGCGCGGGGAGUUCGUGGCCUUCCCAGAGACACUCAACAUGGCGCCCUACUCCGCCGUGCAGCAGCCCAAGCAAGUGGACCUGCUAUCCCUGGUGGGCGAGGGCCGGCUCCGCGCGGGCCUGUCGGUGCUGUCGGCGGAGGGCGGGGCCGCGGGGGGCGAAGCCGCCGCGCUGUACCGGCUCAGCGCCGCCGUGCUACACGUUGGGGGCCCACGCUCCGGGCACUUCGCCACCUACCGACGCGGGAACGGGUUCGAGGCCAAGAGAUGGUGGUACACCUCGGACACGCUAGUUCACGAGGUGUCCCUGCAGGAGGUGCUCCGAUGCUCUGCCUACAUGUUGUUCUACGAGCGCGUGCGGCCGGAGCCCGGGAUGACUGCCUCGGCCAACUCGCACCACUUCUAGGCCACGCACGCGAGCCCGGACUCCAGGGUAUCAGGAAUAUCGAAUUUUACACCGGGCCCCACACUAUCCAGACCUUCUAAUCUGGUCUUAUAUGUCCUGAAGCUGGACGAUGCAGUCCUAGAGUCUAGCAAAUGAUGCUUAGAUCUUCAUUUUCAAGAUAUCGUAGCUUCCACCUUCAUUCCAACUAGUCCAGGGCACCACUAUCGUUACGUAGUGGUAUCUACCGUGAGUAGUUUAAACUUAUUUCUAAAACUAGUAUGGAUCUUGUGUCGCAUUCUCAAUAUAUUGCUCUGAAUUAUUGCUCACGGCACGCGCAAAUAGGGAGCUACACUGUCACGAAAAUGAGAUCCUUGUCAUCAUUUCAUCAAUAAUAAAAAUAACAUUUGAUUAAAAAGUUUAACUUUGAAAAUUUUGGCUGUGCCCUAAUCAAUUUUACGGAAGUCACUCACGUAAAUAGUUAUGUAACGUAACUUUAACCACAUAAAGCUCACAUUUGGUUAAAAUCAGUAUUAGUUAUAAGUCUGUUUUUCGAAUUCAAAUGUUACAUAGUACCUAUGUACACUGGCGAGAAUAUCAUGAAAUUUGUUCCUCUACUGAUUGGAAUAUAUUGGACUAUUGGUGUUAUCCAAAGAAAAUGUCUAUUUACAAUAAAUUAUCAACAUCAUAAGCUUUUGUGUGAAGAUCUCAUAUUGUCAUAUCCAAGUAUACAUUUAUAAACAUUACUAAUAUCUUGUAACUCACUAACUCAUACAUACCUAGUCUCGCACAACGACGCUACAUAUCUAAACCGGUGAUGUAUUUAUGUGACGGUAAUGACUUUGGGACGUUAGUGGUAUAUAAACUAUAUGUAUUUAUCAAUCAGUAAUAUAAUCAUGAAACACUAUUCAUAGUGUAUUUAAGAAAAUAGCUAACUUAUCACUUUUCAUGUAUUUGAUUCGUGUGUUUCAUGAUGUACAGCUUUCUCGAAUAUUAAACCUAAAAAUGUUGCAACUCUCAGAUAUAGGGCAGUCUGUCCCAAGUCAAAGUCAACACUGUCAAUAGUAGACUGUAGUGUGCUGGGAUAACAAAAAAUAUGUACAUACUUCUCGAGUUUGCAACACUGAAUAACAAAUACGUAAACGUUUUCAUACAUUAUCUUAAAAGGAAUAGUAUCAAGGAGUCUGGGACAUAUUCUUAUAUCGUACUAACGGCUGCCCAGCCCACUACGUCUCUAGGAACCUUUAUCUUUACGCAGAGUCUAUUUUUCCACUCGGCACCGCCACUUGUUUUCGGCGGAAAUUUAACGUUUUUGUACAAAUCUACACGAGUUAGAGCUACCUACCUUUCUAAAUAGCACUUUCUUCCUAUAAUAUUGUAGGCAUUGCGUUAGGAGCUUGCGUAUGAAACUUGUGUCCGUAGGUGAGACUUACCUACUUCUAAAAUGACUAGCUAGAGCCAUGACGUGGUUUGGUCGACUUUUGUAUAUUCUGUAAACCUUUGCUCCUGUGGAAGUUAUAUUUACCGAUGUACUGCUACUAAUUGAAAGCUAUUCUAUAUAAAUAUGUAGUUAGGCCAUACAAUGUAAUAAUAUAACUAGUGAUCUUCGUGUGAUGUUUCGAGUUUCGACACCGGUGUGCCAUCGACAUUGAGUGAUAUUUGAAGCUCUUGCUUCUCUCUCUGUGUAUUUAUACUGAUAACAUACAUACUUACAAAUAUCAUACACACAGCAGUUUGUUUGUUUGUCUCUGUCAAAUGGCUCGAACUUGCCAAACAAAACACCAUCUUAAUAGUAAAUAUGUCGAUGUUAUGGUAAACUAUUGUUCCUCCGAUAAUUGUCUCGACUUAUCAUGACUUUACAUAAUUCUAUCGUUUAUUAAAUCGCCCGCGGUUAUAGAUAACACUCCCAAAUAAAAAUAGAUAACGAAAUUCAUCUUCACUUUAUUGCAACAUAUUAAGUAAAACUAUUGUUAGGCUUUCCUUUUCCCUUGUCUUGAGGGUUGUCCUGACUCUUUAGCUUGAUAUAAAAGUUGAUACGAACAUAUUUACUAUCUGACUGCUUAGUUUUGUGAAGUAUCAUAAUAUAACUGUUUUGUAAUUUUGUCGUCCAAUCUUUGAUGUAGGUAACUUAGGACUAGAGAGAAAUGUAUCUUUCUUACUGAGCAUUUUUCUCACCACGCAGUAUGCGCUAGGUCCAAUAUGUAAGCAAACAAUACUCGGUCUGAGAGCCAUGACUCACCGCAUUCUUAGCAUGUACUUACUGAUGCAUUUAUAUUUUACAAUAAUGGUGUGUCCACUCGUGUCCUUCCUGUAUAUAAUUAUAAGGUUAUUGUAAUGAUUCUCUUGAAAAUCUAAUUUUCUAAUUACCUAUAACACUUGUUUUGUAAAUUAACAUUUUUGGAGGCUAAAGUCCACUUGUGGCAAUUUUUGAAUAGUGGUGAAAGGGAAUAUUGGUGCCUAAAUUGUGGCCAUUUGUGACAAUGACUGAGCAGCGUUGCCAUUUGUAUUGUUAUCGCAUAAACAUAGCUUUAGAUGGUAAUUAUUUAUGUUUUGACUACCGUAGGCUCGAUGCAGUUAUUUGGUGCAGUAAUUGGUGGUUCAUAUUAGUUGCCAUAUUUAAAAGAUUUAUUGUGGUUUAGAAAACGCUUUUAAUUUAUGGAUGUCGUGCCACGGGUUACACAAAUAAUUAUGUUUUAUGUAACAUGAUAUAAAUUGUAAAUAUAAAAAUUAUAUUUGUGUAUAUUAUUUACGAAUAUUUCAACAACAGAAACAAAGCUUUGUGAGUUACAUAUGCAAUAUUUGUGAGUUUAUGAUUGUUGUUGAAAUUAGUUGUAAUGUGCUCUUUAGUACUAAGAACUGUUUUGAGCCCACUCAGUAUGAGUCAUACUUUAUAUUUCAGUUUAGUAUAACAUGUUGUGCAAUCCAAUAAUAUUUCGCAAUAAAAUUAUUUACUUACAUGAUUGUCUUCAUUUAUGUCAAUAAAUUUCUUUUGAAUCAGGUAUGACACAAGUUUUGCAACAUCUGAAGACAUGUAGUAGAUUAUUUGAAAGUCAUCCAAGAAAUUUCUUCUAAUCCAAGUAAUUUUGUAUGAAGCAGUGUUUUCCUGUGAUAGUUGCACAAUGUUAUAUUGCACAACAUACAAGUAUGAGGACUCAAACUAGAGUGAAUGAGUUUUUUGAAAUUGAUUUUUUGAGCUUGAGGAAUUGGAUUGUAGUGUACUGGAAAAUAUAUUUCAUACUGUGAGAAAUGAAUACUAGUUCAGUAAACAGCAUUAUAAUGGUAUUUUAAAUAUUAAAUUUCCCAAGUACACUGCACUUGUUUAAUCAGAAUUGUUAGAGAAUUAUGUAAACUUAUGUUGAAGUUUAACUUUAGGAUAUUGCUUGGCAUAAUAUUUUGUUACGGUUUAGUUAGUGUUGGCAACCAUUAAACUUCCAGAGACAUGUGGCAACUGUAGAUAGAAUGGAUUGUAUCUAACAAAUGUUUAUAAAUAAAAUGUAUUAUAAGUGGC